AUGGACCUGUGCAAGCCGGCAACAACCUGUGGGACACGGGGACGGGCCCUGUGCAAAUGCACGACGACCCCAGGGGUCUCGGGUUGGUGCCACCUGUGUGGCCGCAAGACGCCGAAGACCCCCCGGCUCUGCGCCAUCAUCCACUACCUGGUCCGUGGGCAACUGGGCUGGUUGGGGCUGACCAUCGCCUGCGUGGUGCCCGGCUACACGGCUCAGCUCCUCAGCAUCCUCUGGUUCAGGGCGGACGGCCACCCACUCAACUCCUGGCUCCUGGUGCUCCAUCUCCUGCAGCUGGGCCUCUGGAAGCGGUACUGGGAUGUUUUGCGGUUGGCGGCAAAGACGGGUGGCAGUGCCCGUGCCGGGCAGGGGCUGGCGCAGCACGGGGAUGUGUGUGUGCUGCGGCUCCUGGAAGCCCUGCUGCAGAGCCUCCCUCCCCUCCUGCUGCAGGCCUACGUCGUCGUGGCCGUCGAGCCAGCGGGCUUCGUCCCCGGUGUCAGCGCUGGGCUGUCCCUGCUCUCCCUCGCCUGGGCUUUGGUCUCCUACACCCGUUUCACCUGCCUGCUGAAACCUGGUCACCUCUGCCCGCCAGCCGCGGCCAUCCUCUGCCUGCUUCUCUGGAGGACAGGGAUGCUGGGGACCAGGGUCCUGGCCCUGGUGCUCUUUGCCAGGCUGUACUCCUUCUGGGUUUUCGCUGUGGCAGGUGUCCACUGGCUGCUCAUGGCCUUCUGGCUGGUGGCCCAGCAGACGGACAUCGUGGCCCAGCCCUGCCGCUGGAGGCUCUUCAAUUGCCUGGUGGGAGCCAUGUACAUCUUCUGCUACAUUAAUGUCCGUCCUGGUCCCUCCAAGCACAGGGUGGCCGUGUUUUAUGCAAUAAUGCUGAUGGAAAACACCCUCCUGCUGCUGCUGGCCACCCAGUUCCUGCAGGCAGAGCUGAGGAGCAGCCUGUGCGUGACCGGGGCCGUCAUGUCGGGGUACGUAAUAGGUGCCGCAGCUUUGGUGGUUUAUUACAGCCUGCUCCAUCCCAAGUCCACGGAGAUCUGGCAGGGCUUCCUGGAGACAACCUGCAGCGCUGUGGCUGCAGGUGAUGACAAGGUUGCUGGAGAUGGCUCCCAAGCAGGGCAAAGCUUGGGAAUUUCGGGAUACAGCAGGUCCUUGGCAGGGGAAGGGACCACAGCAGAUCUCAAAACCAGAAACAGCUCAUCGCUCCUGCAAUUUGGAAGGUGUUUGGAGGACGGCUGGAGGAACCAUCACCACUGGUUGCUGGUCAAGCUGGCCUUGAAGACAGGAGAUGUGUCUAUAGUCAACGCAGCUUUUGGAGGUGGUGGCUUUGGAGAGGUUUACCCUGGAGGAUGGGUGAUGGAGAAACCCACUGGCAUUGAGCCUGGGGCACAACUUUCCCUCCCCACAAGGGAAAUCGGUCCUCAGGGUCUUGAAUCUGGUCUGAGUGAUGAGACAUUGCAGGCGGUGGGGAACGGAGGAGGCGGCAAACCCAGCGCCGGCAUUGCGAGAACGGCACGGGAGGACGGAGCGGGGCAGGAUCCUGGUUUUCACUCAGCCCUAUCCUUUCCCAGCACCUUCUCCCCAAAUCCGGCCGAGGGCUCCUCUAUAUAUUUCAGCGCGAGCACUGGAGGCAUCACCUCACCUGGCGUGGGGACAGCCACAGCUACGCACGUGGCCCUGGUUCCAAGGGACAACGAAGUCCAUCCCCCUGGCUGCCUGGGAGGAGGAGGAGGAGGGGAUUUAUCCCAUGGGAUGGUGAGCAUCAGCCCAAUCCUGGGCAUUUGUGCCCACAAGCAUCUGCAGAGCAGCUCUUCCCUUGGCAGCAUGAGCGGCUGUGGGGUGGUGGAUCCCCCCAGAGAGGUCUCAGAGCCCGUGGGACCGGAGGGUGCCCUCGUGGGGUGGCGUCACCCUCUGGACACCCACCCUUGUGGCACAGAAGGGACUGUCAGGAGCAAGCUGAGGCCACCAUGCUUCACCUCCACCCCCAAGGCCGACCCUAGAUGCCCACAGCAGGGACUGGGGGAGCUGGGAGAGGGGACGGACCUGUCUGGGUUGCUGGAGUGA